AUGCCCCGUACCGUUAGCUUCCACGAGCCGCUCGCGUGCGAGCCGGCGGCCGUCUUCCGGACGCAGCGCGAGAUGAAGCUCGGUUUCAUCACUUUACAUGAUGUGAGCCCGAUCCAGCUCCACGCCGUGGUCUUCGGGCUCUUCGCGUCGGUCGUCGCGCCGUUCGGCGGCUUCCUGGCCUCGGCGAUCAAGCGCGCGUACGAGGUGAAGGACUUCGACUCUUUGAUCCCGGGCCACGGCGGCGUCACGGAUCGCGUGGACUGCGAGUUCAUCAUGGCGCUCUUCGUCUACGUCUACCACAAGACGUUCAUCGCCGAGCCCGAGGGCUGGCGCGCGCUCGCGGCGGCGGCCGCGCGGCUCCCCGAGGGCGACAGGAGGUUAUUGGCGGGGGCGAUAUGCUAA